CCUAUACGCAGCCUUGGUUCAGACUACUGCUUUAGUCACAUAGCCCUGAUACUCGGGUUUCUAGAAGAAAAAUGCGCCGAAAAAUAGUCUUUGCCUUUUUCUUUGCCCUAGUCGCUAGCAGUGCUGUAUUGGCAUCAGCAGCCAAGAGCAGUAAAAAAGACAAGAAGCUGCCUGGAGAGACGGCUUUUGUUCACGAAGGAAAGAACUGGCGGAUUCAUAAAAGUAAUGAAGGACGCGCAUUCUUUUACAAUGUUGAGACCGGCAAGUCACAAUGGACUGAUCCACGGAUCCAGCCGCUGUCUGGGCAAGCUAAGGCUUUCAUGGUCAUCGGCUAUUUCUUCCCCUUCCUGCUGAUGGUUGUUGGUGGCGUGGGCUACAUCUACUGGGUCAAGUCCAAGCACCCUGAGCUGCUGAAGGGCCCGAAGAAGGUGAAGGGGCUGAAGAACUGGGAGCGCGCCCUCCUGCCACCGAAGAUCGCCAAGCCAAAGGACCGCAAGCGUGGUGCUUCUCCCACCCCAACCGACGCUGCCUCGGCUGAAGUUGCCAAGAAGACCGAGUAACCGACGCUGCGUAUCAAAUGCAGCCCUCUGCUCAGGAGGGCCCAGGAAAUCCGUGCGGUGUACGGCAGAGCGUUAGACUGCAGACGUUCUCGUAGAGGGGGAGUAAGUAUUGUGGCCCCUUCGGCGUGCGGCGUGCUGGUCGGGCCCAGACUGUAGGAAGCGUAGGAGAAGGUGACUAAUUCGUAAUGUGAGGUGAUCUUGUAUGGACGAUGUAAAUUGAGGUGAUAUCUGGCUGCAGGGCUUCGUGUGCCGCUUGCCGAAGUUUAGGUUAGGGGCUGAACGGCUGAUACGUCGUAUUGGUUGGGGUAGGUCAGGGUAGGUUGUCAAUUUGUCCUUAGCCUUUCUUAUCGUGCAAGGGCACGAACCAAGCUGCCUCUGGGGUUUAAUGACACCGGUGCCCCAUGGCCCUGGGCCCCACCGUAUUGGGAGUCUUACUCUAGUCAAUGUUCUCAGCUGCGUUGCCCAAAGUCCGGGAUAAUAGUCCACAGUAUCCUACACCCAAGGCUGUUGGUCAACACCUGCC